AAUACAUAUAAUAUCUUAUCCGCGCGUAGCGCGGUUAAAAAAUCUAGUAUGCAUAAUAACCCCAUAUACAAUAACCUAAAGGUCAAGGGUCUACGUAAAAAAAAUCGAUAUUUCUCAAAAAAUAAAUCCCCUGUCAAUUAGGGUGUCUGAUAAAUUCGUCUGUCAAUCAUGAAUUUGUCUUCUAACCAAUUUUAGUAACAAUUUGAAUAUAUUUCAAAAUCAGUAAGCUUAAAUUUUCUCCCAAUAAGCGUCAUAAACAUUCGAGUUUUCUAUCGUAUUUUGAUUUGUUUAGUAAACAUUUAAGUGUUAAUCUAACUUAAUUUUAGAAUCCCCUGAUGAAAUCACAUGGUUACCCGCAUUUUAAGCGGAAAUAGAAAUGAGAAUAGAUUUUUUGUCAUCUAGCAAUGAUUUUUUCAAUGGGAGUGGUUAAGGAAAGACAAGAUGAACCACACACAAAUUAAAAUGCUUACAACGUACGUUUACAUUUAAAAAAAAAAAAUUAAUAUCUCAGUGGACAAUUUUGUAUUGAUGUCCAUGUAUGCAAACAAACACAAGUCAACACAAAAUUAGUCUCUUUGCGUUUGUAAUUUUCUAGGAUUACACAUGAGCUUCCAGUAGUUAUUUGUCACAUGUGAUUGCAUUUAGAAAUUAAUGUCUUACCCGACAAACAAUAUAUAUGAUGAAUUCACGAAAAAUGUUCAUAGUCAACGAUAACACGACUUUAACUUAAGAGCUAUAAAAGGUCAAAAACUAGUUAAUCAUUCAAUAAUGACUAUGAUUAUUAGAGACUUUAAACUAAACAUACGUGAUGAGCCAGAACACUUAUCUUUGAAUCGUUGUGGAUUGAUGAUACAUUUAACUUAGGAGUUUCCAUGUUGAGAGAAGUAGAAAUAUAGCAUAAAAUAUUAUUAAAUAUUAGGUUUGAGAUCAAACUAUAUUUCUUCUUUAAUGAUAUCAGAACUAAAUAACCGCAAACAUAUAUUUUUGGUGUGACAAGCUUUUAUCUAUAUAUGUUUUGGUUAUUGUCUUUAGUAGAACGUUCGACGGUAUCCAACGGUAAAAAAGGCUGAUGUUUUGCGAAUAUGUAUAAACUAGUACUUUAGGUGUAUAUAUAAACUAGUACUUAGGCGUGAAGAUUAUUUUGAUUCAUAUAUAACGAAUCGAAUUAAUACACGGUUUGGGUUUAAGAAUUUUUCAGCAUAUGUUAGAGAAAGAUUAGUCAAAGAAAACAAUUAAUAAUCGGGCACGUGAAUCAGUAUUCCGAAACAACACCUAUCAAAUUUUAAAAUUAAAAUCGAAUGUCAAACAUACAUUUAAGGAAGACAUAUAUUGCUUGGACUGCCUAUGUACAUGGACCCUUACAUUUCGUUGGCGGUAUGCAAGUAUGUAAUCCACAUUUUCGUCUAGUAACCGCAUUGUUAUUUCAAAUAGCUUAAAAGAGCUAUGACUUGCAAAUAAUUGCAUUUUACUAUGUUUUAUCCUCAUUCAUACAAUAUUUAAGACAUUUUUCUCGAUUUGUAGUUUAUUUAUGAAAUUAUAUAAGAUUGAACACAUAUAACUGCAAAAGCCAAAGACACUUUAACAAUAUAGAUAAUCGACCCAUUAGUUUAGUCUUGUGUACAUUUACCAUACUAUUAACGGGACCAGUCGGAAGAAAAAGAAUUGAUAGUCAAUGGGAAGUUCGGAAAGCUCAAAAGGAACUGUAAAGCAAAGUUGGAUCAAAACUGCCCAACACAAGAGCAACAAGGUAGGCCACUUCUUUGAGUUUAUAGUAAAAAUCAAAACUAAUUGAUGGUAGUUUGGUUAUUAUUCACUGAGUUCAUGCCGCAUAUUGAUUCCCACUACACUUAUUUUCCAUUUCAGUAUGAAUUUCAUGAGUAUUACUUGAGGUUUUGGUUUGAAAUCUCUAGCUAUAAUAACAAAAUAUUAACUAGGAUUUUUUUUCAAACCAAAAUUUUAAAUCUAUACGAAACAGUUGAAAAGUGAUUAAAUUAUCAUCCAAAUUUUCAAAAAGUCAAACUCUACAAAUUGAUAAGUUAUAUAUUAGUUCUGAAAGUUCUUAUAUUAAUACCUUUUACUAAAAGUCAUAUUUGUUAAUUUUGAGAAAAAAAAGAGAAUUUUGAAAUAGUUUUUUUACCUUACGGUGCAAAAGUGUGAUGUACUCCUUAUAUUAAGGCUUGGAAGUGUGAUAAUUGUUGGUAAGCUUUUUUUGCAAAUUGCUAAUGGCAUUGGGAAUGAAAAUUGUAUUCUUUUCUUGUAAAAAUGAGUCAAACUAAUAAUAUUAUGUAUGGGUUCUAUUCAUUUUUGGCUCUCUUUUUUUUUUGAACUACCAUUUUUGGAUCUUUUAACAUUUUAUCUUUGACUAAUACGACAGUAAUAACCACAGUCAUUGUCUUCUGGUGCGGAAUAUGUUGUGCGCCAGAAUAAAAACACCAAUGGUAUUUAGUUUUAUAAGUUUCAUGCAUAUUUUAAAUAGGAUAAUUGCUAGGCAGAGAUCAAUCAUAGAAUAGCAUAUAACUUAACAAUCUCUAUAACUGGGAAUGUUUUAUAUUAUAACCUCUUUUAAGAUAUAAGAUGUUUCAGUUGGAAAUUUAAGAAAUGUUUUUAAUACAUAAAUAUUAAUGAAUAUAUCAAUUAUAAUAUUUAACUCAACUAUAAAAAAAGUUUGAGAGCAAUUGCUUAUAAUAAUUAAAGUUUGUUUUUUUUUUAAAUGGAAGCUUUUUAUUAAUUGAAACAGAAAAACCUCUAGAAUAUCUUAUACUUGAAAUAUGAUUAUUAUUUGUUAGAGAACAGUAAUUAUUUAUAAAUUACACAGGUUUCUAAAAUGCAAUGAUUUAAGACAAGUAAUAACUGCUUAAUUUGUUGUGGAAUUUUAAUAACGUUCAUCCCUUUUGAGUGUUAGGGACAAGCUUAAACUAUAGAAAAAUCUGACGUCCAUUGACUCUUCCACCCAUAUUAUGAACUUCACGUGGGGGCUACCCUUCCAUUUGACUAUCUUCUACUAUACAUCAUAUUUUACGUAUUAUUACCAUCGAAAUUAAAAUCAACAAUAGUGGUAUUAAAUAAAAAAUAGUUCACUAUGUUUGAUUUUAGUGGUCAUACAAUCUGAACAAUAACUAGAUUCAGUAUUUGGCCCGAACACAAGCAAGGGAAGCAUGUGUUUCCGGCUCUUCUUUGAAUAUCAAAUACUCUAGCCUUCUAUCCAACGAAAUUUUCACCAGAGUAGCGUAGUUAGUUUAUGGUUAAAAUUAUUAUGUUCUUGGUGCUGAGUUUGAGUAUCACCACUACUUUUUCCAUUAUUUUUAUAUGUAUCACAGCCUCAAUUUUUUUUGCUUCCAGUCCAUAAUUGUCGAGAGCCGGGUCUGAGUAUAUAUAUGUAAAUACGUAUUCUUGUAGGAUUUAAAUCUCAUUUUGUCUAAAUAUUUGUGUAUUACCUGAGUAUAUGUAUGUAAAUAUGUAUUCAUUGUAACCAAAAAAGAAUAUUUACUCGUUACAAUGAACAUCAUUUAUAUUUUAAGUCAGAAAUAUACAUGAAAGUUUUGUACAUUUUAUUGUUCACAAAAAGUAACACCAGAUCCGCCGGGUCUGAGGGAAGACAUUCGAAACAUUUAAAUGGGCCUCCACUAUAUGGAUCCUCCACUCUUUUCGGAAUACAUUUUUAAAAAAUUAUGAUAGAAAUUAUAAUCUUAAAACUUUAUGUAUUUUAAAACAGACAAAGUAUAUUCAUGAUAGAAAAUGUAAAAGGUGAUGAAAAAUUAUAAAAUAAAAAAACAUUUAUGUUAUAGGAUUUAAAUAGAAAUAAAUUUAAUAAUAAUUUCAGUUUUUAUAAAGAAAAAUAAAUAAACUAUGUUUUUAUUAAACAAAUUACAUUUUUCGAAUAAGGUCCAAAAAAUCUCAAGUCCGGCCCUGAGUAAUCCAUAACUUUUGGUAUUUAUCCCCCCAAAUUAACACUUCUUCAGACCUUUGAAAUUCUAAACAUAUAUUUAACUAUCAACUAUCAAGGGGUAUAACGUAAUGUGAUUACAAAAACACUAUCGAAUUAAUUAAAUAUAGUUCUAUAGUUUUGUUAUGAUGAUGUACGAGAUAAUUAUUUACUAAUAACAAGUAUAUACAUUUGGUUAAUAACUUAAUAUUGAAUUCAUGUAGUGGUUAAAAAUUCAAAAUUACUAUAAAUAUUACGUAAAAUACUCGGAGAAACUAAACAAAACAACACAUCUGUGUAUUCACUAAGGUAAAUAUUCAUAUUAACAAAUACAUGAUACGACAAACCCGAUUGGCAUUGCGCACGAUAUUGGGAUUGCACUGUUGCACACUUUUGAGUGAAGUAGUCAAGUUCCAUGUGAUCGAGGCUUUCUUGGGUUUAGUAAUGGAGAAUUUCUUCACAUUUCUCAAAAAAAAAGGCAAAGAAAAGCACACAAAGUUUUGAACAGCUAUUGAAAAGCCAAAACUUUUUCUUAAGAAAUUUAACAGCUUUUUUUUUGCUGUGGUUUUUAAAAGUUUCUUUCUGUGUUCAAAGGACAACCCCGGAUUCAAGGUAAAGGUUGUCUUAGAACAAAGUUGGACUUUGACGAGAAUCCAGACAGUGUGACUGAAAAGCCAAGUGGGGGCUUCACUAUUAGUUUGCCUUAUAUCACCAAUGGUAAGGUCAUGAAGAUACAAAAUGAGUAUCAGUAGGUACUAUUAUCAAAUGCGUUUAUUCAUAGUAAAAACUAAAAGUUGGCUCGCAGCAUAUCCAGCUUCUGAAAAAUAAUUAAAAAUAUUGUUUCCCAAACUGAUCAUUCAUGCAAAUUUAUGAACAUACCAUGGUACUUCUUUUUACCACACUCGUGUACAGUUUUUUUUUUUUUUUUUUUGAAACUCAUAACACUCGUGUACAGUUUAUUAAUCAUUAUUCUUACUAGUUCUCGAACUAAGGUAACUGGAAAGCUACAGGCUCCGAUCCUUUUGUUUACAAUUCAUUUUUAAUUAAAGUCAGGUGAUCAAACACACUCGUGGAACCUAGUGGGACGUAAUACAUCAUAAUUAAUUCCUAACUGAUGUUCGUGCUCGCCAUGUGCCUUUCAAUCUCUCUCUCUACAUAAUAUAAAGGUUAAAGCUACGUACAUAUGAGUAAAAUAAUGGCCAAUUGCGUAUAUGUUUUCUACGCUGUUUAUUUAUUAUUGAAUGUAAUAUUAUGCUAUUUAGGUAUCUUGAAAUAUAUAAAUUUCUUAGAAAUUUGAGGAAACUAUUAUUAUUAUUUGAGAAGAUGAGUAUAUAGAGUGUAGUGUUACUAUAUUAGUGAAAUACUCACAUCAAGCUCCAAUAUGUGUUAAAUGGCAAAUUCAUCCUAAAUUAAAUACCACAAAUAUAUGUCCGAAAGUCGAAACACAUGAAACCAAACAAGGCAACUUUAUAAACCAAACAUAAUUGGAUUCUUCGGGAAGAAACAAGGACCAAUGAAAAGUAAACAAGUAAGCUAGAGAAGUCCCACCGAACCUAGUACGCUCAUACUAUGUGGGACACUGUCGAUGACACGUAAGAUACUGUUGCCGCACGCGACAACGAGGAAACAAAGCAAACGCGGGACCUACUAAACUAUACUCUGCUAACGUGUUAUGAUCUGAGCGAUGGAGUUUGUGGGAGCCACGUUAAUGGUCUGAUACACUGUACGGCUGCGAUUUUCCACCUAACGGGGGAGAGAAGAGAAGUGGAUCGUGUGCAUGACGUGUGUGGUCAAAAAGAAGAUCUCUCUCUCGUACGAACCGUCUGAUAUUGGAUUGGACGGCUGAUAAUCAACUUCGAGUGAUCUCCUGUCAAAAUCUUUUUAUAGACCAUAACCCUCUUCCCCGUUUCUACUCUUCCUGUUUCUUUUUUUCUGUACCGGGACAACCCAAUCCGUUUCUUUAACCGAGUUUGAAUACCGGUCACAAACUCCAAAUCGGUACUUGUAGUUAUAUACAGUCCAGCAGUUUUGCAUAUACCCAGUAAUUGUUAUCCUUUUUAUGAUUCAAAUAUUAGCAAGUAAUUGGGUCUCAUUGUAAUGUAAUCAUAUAUGAAUAUAUGAUUAGAUUAACCUCCAAGAAAACAGGCUGAAGAAUUACAUUGAUAAAAGUAUAUAAUAGUUUAUGGGCUUGAGGAGUCAAGAAACAGCUAAUGGACAUUUUUUGAGAAAGAGCUAAUGGAUAUGGACGCCAUUUGUUAUAUGCUCUGUUUCCGGGAAAAUGAUGUAAUGGGCUUUUAUCACAUUCUGUACUAGAAUUUGAUUUUAUAAAGUAAUUGGCUGAUAAUCAAAAGUACAAUAAAAUCGAGGACUUAUAUUUACUUUUGUCACUUUGAAAAGUUCGAAAGCUGCUCCAGGGUUCAGCUCUCACUCACUGCUUCAUUUUUAAGGUUGUGACUAUUUGCGUGAUUCGAAGCAAAAUGCAUAGUGGAUCUAGCGGUGGCGAGAGCCAUGAUACACCGACGCAUAAGAAGAUUCCGCCGGCGUCUUCCAUGCUUUGGGUUAGAAACCUACGGCGGUACAUUGGUUCCGGCGCCGGAUUAGGAUCCGAAGCUCUAAUGGAGCUUGAGAUCAAGAGAAUCUUGUUUGAGAUAUUUAAAGAAAAGCAACUGAAAAGCCAAGAAUCAGGCACGAUACCUAGUUUCUACAAGAAGAAACCAGAAGAAGGAUCUAUUAGUCAAAGGGUCCAAAAACUUGCGAAAUACCGCUUCUUGAAGAAACAAUCGGAUCUUUUGUUAAACUCUGAUGAUUUGGAUGCUUUGUGGAAUUGUUUGAGAGAAAAUUGUGUGAUUGAUGAUGCCACUGGUGCAGAAAAGAUGAACUAUGAAGACUUCUGUCACAUUGCCUCUGUAUGUACUGAACAAAUAGGCCCCAAAUGUCGUCAGUUUUUCAGCCCAUCCAAUUUCAUGAAGUUUGAGAAGGAUGAUGCUGGAAGGAUUGCCAUUUUACCGUUCUAUCUAUAUGUCCUGCGCACGGUGUCUCUCACACAAGCUAGGAUUGAUAUGAGUGAGCAUGAUCAAGACUCUGAUGGUUUUCUUCAGUCUCAUGAGAUGGAGUCUUAUAUAAUGGGUUUAAUCCCUAAUUUGGCACAACUGAGGGACAUGCUGGAGACCUUUAGACAAACGUAUUGCCGCAUUGCUGCUCAAAAGUUUUUCUUCUUUUGUGAUCCGCAUAGGCGAGGAAAAGCCUGUAUUAAGAAGAUACUGCUCAGUAACUGUCUGCAGGAACUAAUGGAACUGCAUCAGGAAAGUGAGGAGGAAGUCACAGAGACAGAACAAGCUGAAAAUUGGUUCUCAUUGACUUCAGCUCAACGUGUAUGUGAUAUGUUUCUUGCGCUUGAUAAAGAUGCUAGUGGAUCGCUGAGCAAACAAGAACUUAAAGAAUACGCUGAUGGGACCCUAACUGAGAUUUUCAUUGAAAGAGUGUUUGAUGAGCAUGUCCGCCGUGGCAAAAGCAGCAGAGUCAAUUCUCGAGAGAUGGACUUCGACAGCUUCCUAGAUUUCGUUCUAGCUUUGGAGAACAAAGACACUCCAGAGGGUUUGACAUACUUAUUCCGCUGUCUUGAUCUCCAGGGGAGAGGCUUUCUCACCACUGCUGAUAUUCACUCUCUUUUCAGAGAUGUUCACAAGAAAUGGAUAGAAGGUGGGAACUAUGAGCUGUGCAUAGAGGACGUUCGGGACGAGAUCUGGGACAUGGUGAAACCGUCUGACCCUUUAAAGAUCACUCUGAAUGAUCUCUUGGGAUGUAAACAAGGCGGAACUGUUGCGAGCAUGCUAAUAGAUGUGCGUGGCUUCUGGGCUCAUGACAACCGUGAGAACCUUCUUCAAGAAGAGGAAGAACCACCUGAGGAAGAGUCCCAGUGAUGAAUGUUAUUUUCCAUGUCUAUAACUAAUGCUAGCUAAUCGUAGGCCAGAUAGGUUGGAGAAAGACCAAAAGUCUCCCCUGAUGUGUUUGUAUUUUGUGUAAGAAGCUUAGUAGUUGCUGACCUUAAUUAUUUUGUAUUUUGUGUAAGAAGCUUGUUGACGUUUAAUGAAAAGAAAUGAUGGAUGUGUAUAUUAUA